CGGGAGCGCGGACUACAGUGGCGCUCCGCUGCAGCUGGCUUUACCGAACCUCCGUCACCUUCACCGAGCCUCCGUCACCUUCACCGAGCCUCGCAACAACAACAGGCACGCGGCAUACAGCGAUAUAACAGCAGAUACACGUGCACAUGACGCACGGCGACCGCAGGACCGAUCCCCGCCUGACCGUCAACAACAGAAACAGAGGGAAAUGUCUUGGUGGUCGCGCGGCGAGGAUGGAGAGGAGGCCAUGCACCAGGACACCGAUUCCGAUGUGGCAGAGCAGAGAGACGGUGGGAAAGUGAAGGUGAAAUGGACACAAGAGGAGGACGACAAGCUCAAGGUGCUGGUUCAAAAGCUGGGAUCAAAUGAUUGGAAAUAUAUCGCCAACAGCAUCCCAAGUCACACUGAGCACCAGUGUCAGCACCGUUGGUCGAAGGUCUUGGAUCCAGAGUUGGUCAAAGGCCCCUGGACCAAAGAGGAGGAUGACAAGGUCAUAGAGCUUGUCAAUCUCUACGGCAACAAGCAGUGGGCGAUGGUAGCCAAGCAACUGAAGGGCAGACUAGGGAAGCAGUGUCGAGAGCGGUGGCACAACCACCUCAAUCCCAACGUGAAGAAGUCCUCGUGGACGGCCGAGGAGGACCUCAUCAUCUAUAAGGCUCACUGCGUGCUGGGAAACCGCUGGGCUGAGAUUGCCAAACUGCUCCCCGGAAGGACGGAUAAUGCCGUCAAGAACCACUGGAAUUCCACCAUCAAGCGCAAAUUAGAGAUGGGCUUCUAUGCCGGGGAGGUCUUCAGGCCCAAUGAACUUGAAGAGCUGUUGGACCGCGUGAAUAAAGAGGUGCAGAUGGCCAGUGGCUCCCAAGAAGGCGUAGAAAAGGAUCUAGGGAACACAGCGCAUCCUUUGGAAACACCCGCUUCCACCGCGGUUAAAGCCGAGCCGGACGACGAGGAGCCGCCGAAGGCUGCGUCCUCUGUGAAGGACGGCUUAAGUCCCAAGUCGGAGGCAGACGCCACGGGCGAAAUGACCAGCACCAGCUGGGUGGUGGAUAGCUCUGGCUUUCUCUCCCCCACCGGCCCAGUGCUGAAGGAAGUGCUGGAAAUGGUGGACGGGGACCUGGAUGGCUGGUGCAACCUAGCGGCCUUUGACCUGCCGGAGGACAACCCCAGCCCGGAGCGCCACCAGUUCCGCCUGGAAGGCAGCGCCCUGCAGGAGCUGAGCAAAGGCAGCAAGGGCGAGCUCAUCCCCAUCUCUCCCGGAGGGAUCACCCCGCCCUCCAUACUGAACCGCCGCAGCCGGAGACGCAUCGCCCUGUCCCCCGACGGCAACAACUCCAUGACCCCCAAAAGCACUCCGGUCAAAAUCUUGCCCUUUUCUCCAUCUCAGUUCCUCAACCUGUGGACCAAGCAGGACACUCACGACAUGGAGAACCCUUCCCUCACGUCCACGCCGGUGUGCAGCCAGAGGGCCAUUGUGACUACGCCGCUGCAGCGUGAGAAGACCCCCCUGACCCAGAAGGAAAACUCUGCAUUCGUCACACCCAACCACAAGUCUGACCUCUGUUCGACCCCGCGGACUCCGACGCCGUUCAAGAACGCCAUGGAGAAGUACGGGCCGCUGCAGCCGCUGCCUCAGACCCCGAACCUUGAAGACGACAUAAACGAGGUCAUCAUGAGAGACUCUGGGAUCGACUUGAUCGGUGCACGCUCGACUCCGCCUGAGCAGAGGCGCAAAACCAUGCAUCGGCCUCCUAUGAAGAAAGUGCGGAAAUCUUUGGCCCUGGAUGUCAUGGACUGCCAUGUGGUGCCUAUAUCCAAACGCAAAUCCAGCAAAACGGAAGCCAAAAACACAAUUAAGGAGGAGCCGGUGUUGGUGUCUCUCAACUCCUCGUCGUUUUGCAGUAAGCAGGAUGAAAGCAUUUUGGAUCAAGGCUUCCUUUUGGGACCCAGCGAUAGCGCCAUAUUUCCCACCACGGUGCCUCCAGUUCUGAUGUCUAAAGAAUGGGAGACGGUUGUUUGCGGACAAACAAAAGACCAGCUCAUAAUGACGGAGAAAGCGAGGCGUUACCUUCGCUCGCUGAAGUCCCACGCCACCGCCCGGGCGCUGAUUCUGUCCUGA